AUUUCGUCGAUAAUUCUUCAAGAGAAACGUAUUAAUUAAACUGUGCGUUACAAUAAAUAACAUGCGACUGUCACUACUAUUUUUAGUGCUUGCCUCUGCAUUGGUGGUGGAGAACAUAAAUGCAGAUAAAUUAAAUUUAGCUCCAAUCUUGAAACUUGGACUUAGACUUGUGCUAAUUAACUUAAAACGAUUGGAAAGUGUCACCUUAGUACCAGAAAAUGAUACCUGGACCAUUCCAGUGGACCUCAAAAACAUUUCGACUGGAUCAAUAAAUUUCAAAAAUGCUCAGGUAUACGGAUUUCAGACAUUAGAUAUUGCAGGAAUAAGUGCAAAUGAUGCUGAUCCUUCAAACGAAAAUAAUAUAAUUGAUCUAUGUGUAAAUCUUCUAUUUGAUCAACUUGGAAUUUCUACAAAUUAUGAUGCGGAUAUUGGUUUAAUCGAUGAAAUACCUAUUUAUGGGGACGGAAAAAUCAAUUUGGCUGUAUCACAAGUAAUACUUGACUUGUGUUUGAAUAUCAACAUUUCACCAGAUUUUUCACAAAUUUCAGUGGAUGACGUAGCACUGAGCUUAGAAUUGCAUAAUUCUCCGUCGUACAUUACCAAAUUUUGGAAAAAUGAUAGUUUCAGCGAAAUACUGUCUACAAUUAUAAAUACGUUAGAAAAAAUAAUUUUCAUGUGGAUGGACUAUGAAAAAGAGUGCACGUCAUCUCUAAUAAGCCCUAUAGUUCAAUAUGCACUAAAUUCAAUUUUACCAAAUGACAUUGACAGUAACUUGGUUAUUAAUUCUACAUGUUUGGAAGAGUCAGUUGAAGAAGUAGUCGAUUUAUACGACACGUUGAAAGAGCUAAUAGCUGCAUAUAAUGAAGGAAGCGUUACUAACCUAAUUAGUAGUAUAAACGCUGAGCAGGUUAAAGAAGCAAUGGGUAAAAUGGAAAAGAUGAUAUUAGAAAUUUUGGAUAAUGAAUGACUUAGUAUAGAAGCUUAAGCAUAUUCUUCUUUUUAUUUAAUUAUCAUUUUUAUAUUUCUUUGAAAAAUAAAAGCUACCUUAAGAAAA